CUGCAGCAGGAGUGGGUUCGCCGCUGCACAGAGUCAGACUGCACCUGAACGCACCUGCGAUGCUCCUGGAUGCUGCUCUCCCCCUAAACUCUCCGAUGUGAGCGCGUCUGUGCGUAAAAGUGUCCGGCUCCGCCAUGGCCUAUCCUCAGGGGUUCCUCUUCCAGUCCCUGGCUCUGCCCUUCAGCUCCGGGAUCAUCCUGGGUCAGAGGACCGAGGGCUCAGCCUUCGCUCCCUACUCCGCGUCGACCUCCUCCUCCUCCCCCGGGUUCAGCUCCCACCCUCCGUACGGAGGAGAGCCGCGGGCCGCCGCAGCCAUCGGCUCCUUCAUGAAUCCAGGCUAUGAUCCGUCCACGGCCGUCUCCGGGUCCUUGGACUACCAUGCCUUCGGGCCCCUGGGGGGCUACCCGUACGGAGACCCCACCUACAGGAAGAAUGCCACACGGGACGCCACGGCCACGCUGAAGGCCUGGCUGAACGAGCACAGGAAGAACCCGUACCCCACCAAGGGGGAGAAGAUCAUGCUGGCCAUCAUCACCAAGAUGACGCUGACUCAGGUGUCCACCUGGUUCGCCAACGCCCGGCGGCGGCUGAAGAAGGAGAACAAGAUGACGUGGACGCCCCGGAACAGGAGCGAGGACGAGGAGGAGGAGGACGCCAUCGACCUGGAGCGCACAGAGGAAGACGAGGAGCCCCUGAAGAUGAUGGAGGAAGAGACGAAGCUGCGGAGCGACAGCGCCCUCCAUCAGUCCUCGGCUCCUGUCAGUCAGCUGUUCCAGGAGGACGCCAGAGCCGAGCAGGGCCUCACGGAUCCGGGCCCUUUGGACCAGAGACUGCGCCAAAUAGCAGCUCCCAUCUCUGUUUCAGGGACCCCUCCUCAAAGCGGGCCCCCAGAGGCCCUCAGAGGCUCUGAGCGUACUUCAUCGCCAAGCUCCUUGGCUAAGGACCACAUGGAUUCCACCCAGGGGCCAAACCCGGCCCCAAAGCCCAAACUGUGGUCCCUGGCUGAAAUCGCCACGUCUGUGGACAAAAACACAGGAAGCAGUGACUCACAGAACAGGGGGCGGAGCUCCCUGACCCAUGGCCCCGCCCUGCCGCGACACCUGUACUACACCUCCCCUUUCAUCCCCGGAUACUCCAGCUUCAGGCCUCUGGGGCCCCUGCAGGGGGGCCCUGGCUCCCACUUAAACGGAUUACAGCAGAAGAUGCUGCAGCAGGCCGAGGCCGCAGCCAGAGACUGCCGACUGCGCAGCCAGAACCAGACGGAGCUGCACGAACUAAAGAGAGGCAUGACGAACGCGUAGAGGGUUCUGUAUGCGACCUGCGGCGGCGCUGCGGAAAACCCAGCAGAACUUGGACCCAGAGACAGUUUGACGGCUUUUCUAUGUUGCUCAGAUGUAACCUUUGUAGUGCGUUUCUGCACCAAACAUGAAGUGUCAUUGAUUAAAAAAUAGUUUUAUGAGGAUAAAAGCGAGCGCCUUGGUUUGUUGGAUG